AUUAUAGCAUGCAAUUCGUGGGGCUAACAAUGUCCUGUUUUGUAGCUGCUAAGCUAGCAAGUGCUAACGUAGUAGUAAACAAACCCAAGUUCGACACUGAAAUGUUUCUAUUUAUUUUGUAGGGAGAAAGAGUGAUAAUCCCUUGAGUCCGGACUUUGUUCCAUCUCUUUUCAACUACGUUCCAUCUCCAGAGAAGAGGAAAAGAAAAAUGAGACUGGAGGUUUUCAACAGAAAGCAAAGCUACAGAAGAUAGAGCAGACAAAGCUAUCUGCGAAAGCCAUCCCUCCCAGCUUCAACUUUUCUGCCAUUGCCUCCUCUGCUGGGUUUGAUUGAUCAAGAUGAGUUUUCAUCUCAUUAAGUUUGCCAACGGGGACAUUGCUGUGGUCCCGGAAAAUUGGUGUGAUGACGGGAUGGUGUACUGGCCAAAAUAUAAAAACACAGAACGUGCCAAAAGGGCAGCGGCCAACAGUGAGACACCAGAGUCAAACUGGCCAAAAUAUGACAUCAUGGUCAUCAGAACUUGUGACAACUACAAAGAUGCCUGUAGGCUAAUGGAGAAGUACCAGACGGGCUGCAACACCACUGAUCUUCAGUCUGAGGCAGAGGAGGAGUGUGGGCCGCCAGAUAAACGACAAAGGAAGGCAGUGCAUCACUUUGGGGACUCUGAUGAGAGUGAAGAUGGUGGCCAAUUGCACUGGCAGACUCCAACAUCUCGCCGAGGGCCAGGCAGCAGCAGCAGAGUCUCUCCUCGACUUGAGGAAAACUGUCUAGCACCUCACCAUGGGGCAGGACCGCAACAACCGUUGCCAAAACAACUCUGGAGAGUUACUCAAGGAACGGCAGUCCCUCCUCUUCUCCCUCCACCCCCUCCACCCCCGACAUCAACCCUGAGCCUGCGGCCAACAGAGGAGCCUUCUUCAAUCCCCGCCAUCGGACCAACAUGGCGAGGGGGAAGAAUGAAUGAGUCCAUUCCCUGCUCUGUGGCUGAAGUCCACAUCCUCAACCUGCUGGAGACGAUUAAACAGCAGCAAGACCAGCUUGUGGCAAAGGUCAACUACCUCUGCAGCAGGAUGAACAGCACCCCGGGGCCAGAAGUUGAGAUGCCUGAUAAUAUUAAUCUCCCGUUGGAACACCUGGAGGCAGUGGAGGCAUUUGAGGUGUUUUUAAAAGAACCCUCAAACCACCCAGCUCGACAUAGAAUAAUUGUGUCAGUGAGCGACAGUCUACCUGGUAUGACAUUGUGUGUAAGGUGGCACAUGUCCAUGAGAGUGUGA